AUGGCCAUCGGGAGCGGCUCGUCGAGCUCACCUCGGACCAUGGCUCCGAUGCAGGCCGGCUGGUCCCGGUUCGUGCCGUUUCUGGGCUACCACCAUGUCCUCAUGAUAUUGAUUGUCGUCGCAAUCAUCCUGCUGUCACUCCUCCUCGCCGGAUGCUCGUCGUCGUCGCCCCUCAUCCCCGACAUCUUCCUCCUCUCGCUCUACUACCAGCACUACGAGGCCGUCCCCGACACGGCCCAGGUCGACUACAACGUCCACACGGCCAUCGAGAACAUUGCCGGCGGCGCCAGCAUGCAGGCCCGCGUCGGCUAUUUUGGCAUCUGCGUCAACCCGGACGGCGGCUCCUGGCUCUGCAGCAACAACGCCACGGCGCUCGCAAAGGAGGUCUCGGUCGACCAGGACCCCCUCAACCUCAUCUGGCUCGCCGCCCAGUUCAAGGACAUGAUUGUGUUCCCCUAUCUAAUAAUCAUCGCCAUCAUCUUCGCCUUCCUCUGCUUCCUCCUCCUCGCCACCUUCCCCGGCUGGCACGAAGAGGAAGACUCCGAGGGUUCCGAGCGCGAAGUCAAGCCCUUCCCCUCGCGGCCCGUCUCGCAAAUCGCCCUCGCCAUCAUCUUCAUCGCCUCCAUCUUUGUCCUCGUCUCGGUCCUGUGGCAGCACACGGCCUCGGUCGCCGCCUCCAUCAUCGCCCAAGACUUUGGCAACGGCGCCGUCCGCAGCGGCGUCGGGACCAGCGCAAUGGUCAUGGGCUGGUUCUCCUUCACCCUCCUCAUCAUCGUCACCAUCGGCCUGCUCGUCAUGAUAUUGAGUAUACGCGUCCUCGGCCAGAUGAUGCGAGAUUCGUGA